CCACUUGUCAUCCAGGCGGUCCAGCUGGAAGAAUACACUCCCCCCUUUUUCCCUUUUGUUUCCGAGGUGGAGCCUGAUACCCCGACUUUACUAAACUGAACUGACCGAAGCAGAUCGACGAGAAGGACUAGGACCAGCAGUCGUUGGCACAGAGUCUGGGACGCGGCAGAUCGGGGAGGAACCAUACAGGCUGCAAGGAAGAAGAGGGAUUUUGGGGGCACUGCUUGUUUGGGUUUUAUAUAUAGAAAAAAUACCUUUGCAUUCGACAGAACCACAGGAAAGAUGAAUUCUUUCAUCCUGCUGUCGCUUUUGGUCACGAUGAUCGCCGGAAAGUCACCUCGGCUGAAAUUUGUUGUGCACGAGCCCUCCAGGUUCCACUUCAACAAGCCUGAGAACUACAUUAGCAUGUUCCACCAGGAAGGGAGCAGCACACUCUAUGUGGGCGGCCAGGCAAUGAUCUACGUGUUGACGUUCACAGACAGAGGAGUCCGUGACCUGCAGAUCCCAGCGGCAUCCGAUCAGACUGCAAUUGAGACCUGCAAAGCAAAGGCUGCACCAACUGAGCUGGAGUGUGAUAAUUUCAUCACCGUCAUUCAGAAAGUUAACGACACAUUCAUCGUAUGUGGGACAAAUGCUGGAAGCCCCAGGUGCUGGAUGCUGGUAAAUGACACGGUGCUGACUGAUGUCCAAGGUGGGCAGAUAGCCUCAGCCUCUGAGAUCUCACCACCUUACCCUUCCCACGGGUCCAUCAGCUUGCCUGCAGAUGGGAGUCUGUAUUCUGCCAUGUCGUCGGUGGAAGGUCAUGGUGGCUCGAUUCGCCGUACGUUUGGCUCCCAAAAACUCCUGAAGACGGAGAACAUUUGGCUGAUGAAUCCACAGUUUGCUGGUGCAGCCAUAAUCCCGUCUUCGGAAAAGACCAAGGAGGAGAUCUACUUCUUCUUCAGUGAGAUCAACAAAACAGCCAGAGUGGAUGAGGAGCCAUACAGGGCCCGCAUAGGCCGAGUCUGCACGGUUGAUGAAGGGGGUAUCCGAGCCCUGCUGGCAGACUCUUGGACCACCUUUAUGAAGGCACGGGUGAUGUGCAGUGCUGGAAACAGUCAGCAGCAGUACAACAACAUGAAGCAGGCAGUGGUGCUGACUGCUCAGGACAAGAGGGCUGGUGUCCUGUAUGGCCUCUUUUCAAACGCAUGGGGCAAAACAGUAAUCUGUGCAUACUCCAUUGAAGAUAUUGACCAUGCUUUCUCCACAUCUAAACUGAAGGGCUACAGUAGUCCAUUUGGCAGUAAUCGCCCUGGAAUGUGUGUCCGCAAAAAUCCUUUGACAGCAGAAAGUCAGAACAAUAUCAAAAACCUGGGGGUAAUCAGAUACCACCCAGAAAUUGAGGAUGUGAUUCGACCUGUUGGUCCAGCUCUUGACCUCACCACAGAUGACCAAAUCACACAUACAGUGGCGGACAUUGUGCUGGCGGUCAACGAUGAGCACUACAGUGUCCUGUACCUCGGAACAGAACAGGGCAAAGUUCUCAAAGUUCUUCACACCAGCGAGGAGGCCUUCAUCAUAUCUCAGUACUCUCUGUUCCACAAUGAGGGCCCCGUGCUGAACAUGGCCAUCGACUCCCAGAAGGGACACUUAUAUGUUGGUACGGCGAUGGAGGUCCAGCGACUGCCACUGGCUGACUGUGGUCGCUAUGGCAACACAUGCAGAGAUUGCAUUCUAGCCCGGGAUCCAUACUGCGCCUGGGACAAGGCCAGGAGGAAGUGCAUUGCCAUCCCGCCUGGAUACAACGUCACAACUGGGACACUCAUUCAGAAUCUGGACCAUUCAAACUCCUCAGUUUGUGGAGAAGCUGCUGCUCUGAAGCUACGUCGGACUUCCCCAAGAGAAGUGAUGGUUCAGUCCAACACAUCCGUAUUUCUUCCCUGCCCUGUGCGCUCCUUCCAUGCAACCUAUCGCUGGGAAAAGGAUAACUGCAUCAAGAACUACCCCUGCCUCUUCUCUGGAGACUUCUGUGUCCUGGGGCCAAUGGUUGACACUCCUCUGAAAGAAGGUGUCUUCCGCUGUAUGGCCACUGAAGAUGGAUUCAAGGUGGAGGUCAUCUCCUUCAGGCUGGUCAAUGAUGGCAGGCUCCUAGCUGCUUCCCUUGCUUCCACCUUGGGGCCAUCGCUCCUGCUCGCCUUGGCUACUCUGUGGCUUCAUUAACUGCAGCUAACACUAAUGCUAACUCCUCAUUCUUACUGGCUCCCAAUGAAAGGAAAGACAAGGAGCCAGUGUUUGGAGGACAGGUUCGCAGAGCACUGAAAUAAAUAGUUGGGUUGUACACCUUUUUGUAGUUUGGUUUCUAGAGAAAGAAGCAAGAAAAUCUAAAUGAAUAAGGAAGUAGAACUCUAUAUUUUUUAGCAUAAUGCAACAUUUCUGCAGCCGCAGCUGUCUUAACAAGAUAGAAACUGGGAAAUGUGCAUAUUAUAAUUUAAACUAAAGUGACUAGGAUUUAUUGCCUAUGAGCUGGCAUGUUAAAACAUGUUCAAACCAUAAUUACGUGCUUUGCGAACCUUUCCUAUCUGACUAAAAAAGAUAAACAUAUCCUAUGAGUUGGGCAAAAAAACACCAAUACCAGGCCAAUUCUUUUUACCAUUUCUUUACUUAUUUUGAAAUUGACCUGAUUGUGCUUAUUUGUGAACAUGUAAACCUUUAAUACUGCUCUUUCAUCUAGUCAUUCAUCUUGUUAAACUUCAUUGGUAUAGCUCAUUAGUACUUAGAAAAAUGUCUGGUAUUGAGAUUUAAAAAGCCUUAACACUUCUGGGACAUACACUCCUAAGCACAAUUUUGUAGUCAAGGCAGAAUACUGCAGACUCGGUUGGACGCGGCGCUAUAAUUAGUGCAGCUGAGUCUAACAACAUCGCUGGGAGGAAGUGUCAGCUUCGUGACAGGAAGUAGGCGGAUGGGCCAGAGCUCGUCCUCGAACAUCACUGUGUCUCAGCACCUCCUCCUCCGAAGAGGCAGUUUCUUGAACUUUUUAGCAGAUGGUAUCAGACAUUGUCAUUACACCUUGUUCACAGCUUUGUCCGCUGUUUUUCCUUUUACAUGACAUCAUCUGUCCUCCUCCCCCAACACAUCAGAGCAGAACUCUUGCUCUUACAGUAUGUAAGAAACACUGCAUCACACAUAACUCCUUAAUGUUAGCAGUAAUGAGUUCUGAAGCUUUCAACAAUCCUAAAUAUUAAUCUAUUUGACAAAUUAAUUCAGAAUGAAUUUAGGGAACGUGAAAGUCUAAAAUAUGAGUGCCAGUCAAACAACUGAUUUUUUUUUUAUUCUUGGCAAACUAGCUGUUGGCUAUUAGUGCAAAAAUCCAGAGUUCAUCUUCAGGCUUCAGGGAAAUAGAGUGAACAACUCCACAACAAAAGGGAGUUACAAGCUGCAAAUGAAUUUCAAUUUCUGUCAGCUUGACAAUGUGUAAAGGUGUGAACAAGGUGUUACGCUAUUGAAAUUUCAAUAACUACUAAUUAGAAUGGGGAGAAUGAAACGAAAUGGAACCAUACAGUUCCAAACUGUUUCAUAGUUUAGGAGGGGAAAAGGCUUGUACCUAGAUCUGUGAAGUUUGUUUUGUAUGUCAUUGCUCUGCAGAUGCUGAUUUCUACCAUUGCUGCCUACGUAAUGUGUGUGACAGUUUGUCUUGAUGGUUUGGGUUGUUAUGCCAUAGUUAGAACGUGAUUUGUAACCACUGAUGGCUUUGCCUCUUUCCCUGGAGACAACAGCACAAAGAAAAUAUACUGUUAACUUUAUGCUGUGAAACUAAAGGCUUGGCAGAUUCCUACAAAAUGCUUCACUGACAAACAACAGCAACCACAACCAGACAAAGGCAGUGAGUUUAGGAUUAAACAUCAUUCCACAUAUACCUGCAGCAUUAUCUUUUAAUCUUACCUCUGAUAACCUUGAACAACGAUUAUUAAGGAAACAGAUUAAGGUUGAAUAUAAAAAGAGCUGAUAAUGUAACAGGGGUUCAGCAGCAAUGCUAAAAACCCUGCCAAACCUUAUAAAUACUGAUCAGCUGACUGAAGAAUAGAUGUGGCGUGGUGAUUAAUUAUGCAGUGGAUUAUCAUGUACUCCUAGUUCUGAGAAUUGUCAUCUACUAAUCGUACAGAAAUCUGGCUGUGCCAAGCCUUCCACAGUGGCAGAAAUAUUGUUAGCAGCUAAUUAGACGGUGGAGCUGGCUCGACAUGCGCUGUAUUAAAGAAUUCAUUCAACACCGUCAGGAAUUUGGGCAGCAAGUAUGCUUUCGAGUGUGAGAAUUGUGAGUUGUGUUUCUCGCUCUGCUUGGUUGUGUGUUGCUGCUCGGGGAUCUGCUCGCUUUCUGCAUUGCACUGACGCGGGCUACUGACUGUGCCACAAUGAGAAAAAAGAAUGAAAAAAACAAAGCUGUGUUAACCCUUAUCCACCCUGCGCUUAUCGCUUCUUCUUAUGUUCAUUUGCGAAAUCCCUUGCUCCAUAACUUGCAUAAACCCUGAGCACGUGUACAACAUCGGUCUUCCUCACAACCAAACUCACAAACCUACCGCAGGCUGAGUAAUCAUCUUUGUGUCUGUGUGUUGGGAUGUUAACAGUCUUGAUCCUGUCAGAUACUUUUGGCAAGAAACCAACUCUACAUGCAUAGAUAUACAGACAAAAGAUUUUACUGAAUAACCUCCUUUAUACUGUAACUGUAACUUCUAACUGCUGAUGUGUUGAUGUGAUUUAAUUUAGAAGGCACGGUGAGAAGCUAACCCUAUGCUGUCCAGUUCUGCUCAGGCAAAUGUGUCUAGCAUCAUUAGCUCCUUUACUGUGCCCCAUGUCCAUACUAUAUGAUAAAGAAGAUCAUACAUACCAGAUAUAUAUCAGAAUAACAACUUCAUUAGUAAUUUCUUCUGGUGCUUUAAACAUGUACUGGAUAUUCUGGUAAUUAAUUAGUAUAAUAAAGUAAUAACUACUGUCCUCUCUCAGUAGCCUCUCAGCCAGGGGGUCAUGGUGGGUGGCAGGCAAAAUUAAGUCACAUUGAAAUGGUGCAUUAACUGUCACCUAUAAAGCAUUGGUUUAUUUUACCAUAACUGUGAGCUCUUACUCCAGUUUUAAGGUUUGGGAUCACAGAUAUGAGUCAAACAGGCCAUUUCAGCCUAGAACUUAUUCUUGAUAUAAAAAUCUUACUGUACUAAAAAAAAGUUUUAAAAGUGUUAAAUUCACAACAUUUAGUAACAAAGCUGAGUCCAACACACCUACCAGGCAUAACAUAAUGACCACUGACAGGAGAAAUAAAUAGCAUUGGCCAUCUUGUGAUAAUUCAGUGUUCUGACUGGACACUUUUGGACCUGACAUUCAUGUGGAUGUUAUUUAGACAUGUACCACCCACCUAGAACAGACAGAAAAACAGUUUAAGAACAUCUCAAUAAACAUGAGUAACAGCACCGUAUUCGCUUGAUCCCAAACUGAUCAAGUAUCUGUGGGAUGAUCCACAGAGGCCCCUCCCCUCAACCCAUAGGAUCCAAAGACCCCCACUAACAACACUGUGUUACCAGACACCACAGGACACCCUCAGAAGGCCCGUGUCCGCUUUCUAAUGAGUCACAACUGUUUUGUAGGACAGAUCAACACACUAUUGGGCAGGUGGCCAUAAUGUUAUGCCUGAUCGGUGUACUUAAUCUACUUACCCUUCACAUUGCUUUAUGGAGUGACAGCCACUGCGUUAACUGCUUUGAUGAAGCUUGUGUACCAGCUAUCUACUCAAGAACAGCAAUAUUUAACCAUGCUGUGAUGUUAAAUGCAACAUCUUCAAAAUGCGACUACACAUCAGAAGAGUGUAAUAACUUACUAGAGAAGUAAGUUUUUACACAUUCAAGGUAGCUACUUACUUAACCAAUGACUUCAGCUUGAUCUAGAAAUCAUCUAGUAAUUUACUUGACAUAAAGAUUAAAUGUAAGAACCAAUAGAAGUUGACACCAUUGUUGAGUUCAAGUUUGAUUCUGUUAUUUUCAACUGUUAGGCACUACACAUUUACUGUAUUAAAUGGCUGAAUAGGUUUCUGCUGUAGUGUGGACUUGGGACACAGUUUGUUUACUCACCAGGAGUGAUGACCUUGUUCAAUAUGGACGGUGAGUUGAUGUUCAUCAACAAUCACCAUCCUCCACUGGACAUGACAUCACUUUAAUGUACAUACCUGUGGCAGGGAACACUCCUUUCAAGUCCUUGUUUUUGAUAUGGAUCUUCACGCAGCUGCCAAUAUCAGUUAUCCCUCACUUACAUGUGUUAAUGUCAGCCAGUCCAAUAAAGGCUCAACUCCUUCAAAGCAAGCACUUGAUUUGCCUUCAGAAAAACAUAUUAGUGGAUCACGCUAUCUGCUGUAAAUGGAUCGACGUCAAGUGAGGCGGGUCGCUGUUUUGUUUGCUCUGGGGUUGUGAGUGUCAAGUACUGUACAUGAUGUGUGCUCAUUAUUCUGUGUAUUGAUAUAUCUAAUUUUAAAAGUAACAUGCCAAACUCUAUUAUAUAUUAAAAAAAGAUUUAUAUUGUUGCCAUGCCAGUUUAAUACCAUCUCAUAACAUGUAUUUUUAAAUAACAGAUAUCUAUAGUGCAAUAGAUAUUCAUGUAACAAAUCCAUAUGGACAUGUGUUUCCCUAAACAUGUGCGGUGAAAAUGAAUAAAAUAUAAGUAUAAA